CCUUUGAAGGCGUCCAAAGGCCUCCAAGAGAGAGCCCAUAUAAUCUCUCCCCCUCCACUUCCACACCCACAUUUCUGAUCUCUCUGUACUGUGUCCAAAAUCAAUCAGCCAUGUCAUCGUCUGUGUCAUCUCCGUUUCUGUGUCCUCCGGCGCGCUCCGGUGGGCGGCGGCGGCGAGUGGCGGCAGUGCCGGUGGUAGCGCCGGCGGAGGUGGCGGUGGAGGAGGGGAGAGUGGAGCCGCGAGUGGAGGAGAGAGAUGGGUACUGGGUGGUGAAGGAGAAGUUCAGAGAAGGGAUAAAUCCGCAGGAGAAGGUGAAGAUAGAGAAGGAGCCGAUGAAGCUGUUCAUGGAAAACGGCAUUGAAGAGCUUUCAAAGCUUUCAAUGGACCAAAUUGAUGCCUCAAAGCUUAAUAAAGACGAUGUUGAUGUUAGGCUCAAGUGGCUUGGCCUCUUCCAUAGAAGGAAGCAUCAAUAUGGGAGAUUUAUGAUGCGAUUGAAGCUCCCAAACGGGGUCACAACAAGCGAACAAACCAGAUACCUAGCCAGCGUGAUCCGGAAGUACGGCAAAGACGGCUGCGCCGACGUCACAACCCGCCAGAACUGGCAGAUCCGCGGCGUCGUUCUCCCCGAUGUCCCCCAAAUCCUCAAGGGCCUCGCCGGCGUUGGCCUCACCAGUCUGCAGAGUGGGAUGGACAACGUCAGAAAUCCCGUCGGAAAUCCCCUCGCCGGCAUCGAUCCGGAGGAGAUCGUCGACACUCGCCCUUACAACAACUUGCUAUCUCAGUUCAUCACUGGAAAUUCCCUCGGAAAUCCCGCCUUCACCAAUCUGCCAAGAAAGUGGAAUGUAUGCGUGAUUGGAUCUCAUGAUCUGUAUGAACAUCCCCACAUCAAUGACCUUGCAUACAUGCCAGCCACAAAGAAUGGGCGAUUUGGGUUCAACCUGCUGGUGGGAGGCUUCUUCAGCGCCAAGAGGUGCGCCGAGGCCCUACCGCUCGACGCCUGGGUGCCUGAGGAAGACGUCGUUCCGCUUUGCCGAGCCGUGUUGGAGGCCUACAGGGACCUCGGCACUCGAGGCAAUCGCCAGAAGGCAAGAAUGAUGUGGUUGAUUGAUGAAUUGGGAAUGGAAGGAUUUAGAGCAGAAGUGGUGAAGAGAAUGCCUAGACAAGAGUUGGAGAGAGCAUCUUCUGAGGAAUUGGUCAAUAAGCAAUGGGAGAGGAGGGAUUAUUUUGGAGUCCAUCCACAGAAGCAACAAGGUUUAAGUUAUGUAGGUCUGCAUAUUCCCGUCGGUCGUGUGCAAGCGGACGAUAUGGACGAGUUGGCUCGACUCGCUGAUGAAUAUGGCACGGGGGAGCUCCGGUUGACCGUGGAACAGAACAUCAUUAUUCCCAACAUUGAGAACUCAAAGAUAGAAGCUCUGCUCCAAGAGCCUCUGUUGAAACACAAGUUUUCACCGGAGCCCCCUAUUCUUAUGAAGGGAUUGGUAGCCUGCACUGGGAACCAAUUCUGUGGACAAGCCAUCAUAGAGACCAAGGCCAGGGCUUUGAAGGUGACCGAGGAGGUGCAGCGGCUGGUGGCGGUGACCCGACCCGUGAGGAUGCACUGGACCGGGUGCCCGAAUAGCUGUGGACAGGUUCAAGUGGCUGAUAUUGGCUUCAUGGGGUGCAUGGCUAGAGAUGAGAAUAAGAAGCCUUGUGAAGGAGUUGAUGUUUUCUUGGGAGGGAGAAUUGGGAGUGACUCACAUUUGGGAGAUGUUUACAAAAAGGCUGUCCCUUGUAAGGACUUGGUGCCCUUAGUUGUGGACAUUCUUGUAAAGCAUUUUGGGGCUGUCCCAAGGGAAAGGGAAGAAGAAGAAGAAGAAGAAUAAGUUAUAUAUUCAAUAAAGGGUAGCUUAAUUAUCUUUCAAGUUUGGACAUAUUGGAAGAAAUUGCAAAAGAAAGUCAUUUGUGGGACAAACACAAGAACUUGGAUCAAAUGGGCAAAUACCAUUUUGAUGUAAACUAAUCUUGUAAGAAUUUGUAUUUCAAAACUUUGUAAUGAUACACCCAUAUGUUCAUAAGAGAACGAUCAAUUAGAUGCAUUGUGAUUUUAAUUA